CCUUCUCAAUCUCUCUCUCUCUUCCCAUUGUCGUUUCUACAUUAUGUUCUGCUGAGCUACGGUGGGGAGAAAUGGUUCUGCAAAAUUCGAUUUUUCAAUUCACAAUGUGAUAGGGGAAUCCACUCGUUAAUGCAGUCUCGAUUAUGAUGAUGGUGGCCGCUGUUCUCGAACCAGUUUCAACAGCCAAACCGCAAACCCCCAAAACACAGCAAGAACAUUCUAGAAGACCGCCAUUGGUGGAGCCGGAGAAAGGUUACGCCAAUGGAGUUGCAAUUAAUCAAAGGAAACCAAAAUCAAGAGUCGUUUCAUCUAGAUACAUGUCCCCUUCACCUUCGACUUCCACUUCCGCAUCAAAUUCAUCCUCUUCUUCUUCUUCUUCUUCCAAUGCGAGAAGGUACCCUUCCCCUUUAAUUUCACGAAGCUCGACGCCGGCGCCGAAUGCCCCCAAGAGGUCCGUUUCCGUCGACCGGCGGAGGUCGGCAGCGGCCAGACCCCUAAUGUCCGAUCUCGAUUCAAGGAGUGGAAAUGCUGCUGAAUUGUCAGCUGCUCGCCUGACUUCUACCCGGAGUUUGUCGGUAUCGUUUCAAGGAGAGGCCUUUUCGCUUCCCAUUAGUAAAACUAAGGCGGCGCCGCCGUCGCCUAAUGUGAGGAAAGUGACGCCGGAGAGGAGAAGGGGUGGCACUCCGUUGAGAGGGGGAGGAGAUCAGGUGGAGAAUUCUAAGCUUUCUGAUCACAAUCGUUGGCCUGCCAGGAAUCGGGGAGGUAAUCUGUUGUCACAGAGUUUGGAUUGCCGUGGCGGUGGUGAUCGGAGUAAGGUGGUGGGAUCUGUGAAUGGAAUUCGAACUCUGCAGCAAUUGAUUAAUGAUGGGACGAGGGCUUCUCUUGAUAGAAGGUUGAGUCUUGAUUUGGGGAAUUCUGACCUAAUAAAGGCAGCUCCUGAUGGGAAUUCAGUUAGUAAUGGAGUCUCAUUGCCUUGUGAUCUCACUGCAUCGGAUUCAGAUAGUGUUUCCUCAGACAGUACUUCAGGAGUUCAAGAAUUCGGUGGGGGUGUCAAUGGUCGGAAUGGGCCGCGCGGGAUAGCACGUUCGGCUAGGUUUUGGCAGGAAACGAAUAGCCGGUUGAGGAGGCUGCAGGAUCCAGGUUCACCUCUGUCAAUGAGUCCUACCUCUAAACUGAUGGUGCCACCAAAUUUGAGGAGUUCUAGUGAUGGUCAUGGUCUUUCGAUGUCAUCCCCUGCUCGUGGCGCGUCCCCUGCUCGCGGUGGUAUAAGACCUGCCUCUCCGAGCAAGCUCAUGACGCCUGUUAGGUCAUCUCCAUCUCCAUCUCGGGGCCACAGUCCGUCUCGGAUAAAAAAUGCUGUUAGCACCAUUAAUAACAAUUUCACUGAGUCACCUUCAGUCCUUAGUUUUGCUGUAGAUGUCCGGAGGGGCAAAGUUGGGGAAAAUCGGAUUUUUGAUGCACACUUGUUGAGACUCUUGUACAACCGGAACCUGCAGUGGCGCUUUGUAAAUGCAACAACUGAGGCGGUUAUGUCGGCGCAGAAACACAGUGCAGAGAAAAAUUUGUGGAACGCCUGGAUAGCAAUCUCUGACCUACGUGAUACUGUCACCAUAAAAAGUCAUAAACUUCAGUUGCUGAGGCAAAAGUUGAGAUUAGCUUCUAUUCUCAAAGGACAAAUGACCUUAUUAGAGGAAUGGGCUUCUAUGGAAGGAGACCACUCAGAUUCUCUGCUUGGAGCUAUCGAAUCCUUAAAGGCUAGCACACUUCGUCUUCCAGUCGUUGGAGGAGCUACUGCCAAUGUUCUAGGCUUGAAGGAUGCAAUAGGUUCGGCUUUUGAUGUUAUGCACGGAAUGGCAUCAUCAAUAUGUUUACUUCUGACAGUGGUUGAGGAAGUAAACACUCUAGUAACAGAACUUGCACAAGUGACUGCCAAAGAGCAAGCUUUACUCGAACAAUGCACAGAUCUGAUUUCCUCGUUAGCAGCCAUGCAGGUACGAGACACUAGUUUGAGAACACAUGUAAUACAGCAUAACUUUGUACGAUCAGCUUAACAAAGAGAAGUAGAACUGAUUGCACUCGACAAUAUUCAACUCUAGAUGCUAACACCAUACACUACCUUCAGACCUCGUGGAGGCAGCCGUGAUUAUGUGAUAAGAAACGGAGAAAAUUCCCCUCCAGGUUUCCGAUAUUACAGGAAACGGGGUCUUUUAUCCUCUAAUUAGCCUAUCUUUUUAGUUUUCAUUUACGUACUUUAUUCUCUAGAGGAAACUAUGUAUAUAUGUAAUAUUCUUACUGUUUUUUGUUAAUCUUAGAUUUUGUCUGA